AUGCCCAUCACAAUGGGGACUCCCGUCUCGUUCCGCCAUCGUGGAGGUGAAGGGACCCUCGUGCCAGUUUCCCGCGAUGUGCACGGUAACCCCAGUCGCAUGGCUAGCGCAGAGGUUAGCGUGCCACAGCUGGAUCGUCUUAUUGACUUUGGGCCCGCGAAUGGAGUCCGUCAAGCCACUCCCAGCAAUUGGAAACACUGGGUACUCUCAUCGGGUGGAGUCCGUGGCCAUAUUAUGGAGUCUAUGCCUCAAGACUGGAGAGACCGCCGUAUCCAUAUCAUCUCGUUCUAA